AGCAAAAAAUAAAAAAUAAAAACACAAUCUUUGUACUACCUUUCCUCUUCUCCAAGAGUCCAGCCCGGCUGCCCAGACCUCCUUUCCAGCUCGCCAAGCGCCGUAGAAGGCGGCACGAGGAAAAUACGAUAGCCCCAGAUUCAUUUCUCUCGGAGAAUUGAAUAGUGAUUAUUAUGGGAUCUAAUGAACAAAAAGACCCAUUAAAGAAGAUAGAAUGGAAACCUAUGGUCGACUCGAUGGUUAAUGAGACAAGUGGUGGACAAGCCACGAAAAAACGUCUUCCAAAAAAGAUUAGGCAAAUUCCUGAUUUCUAUUUUCUUCCUCGAAGGUCGAUACCCUCUGGUAUAGCUUACUAUGGGUCAUGGAUUCUUGCUGGGAUUGGUGCAGGUAUGCUAACUGAGAUAUGGAUAGAUAAGAAGACUAAAGAGGAUGGUGGUGGUGUUGUUUGGGAGUUUGGCAAAUAAAGUUGAAGAAUUUGAAUAAUGAAAUCAAAAUUUGAACAAUAUCUCAGUUUUGUUUUUAAACAACUAGAAUCUUUUAUCUAUAGAGAGUUUCAGGUUCAUUCAUUUUGUAUGUUUCUUCAUAUGUCAUACGAGCGUUUGAACUCGUUAUGAGCAUUGUAACUUGAAUCAUGUCUCUCUUUGUUUUCUCUAUACUUGAAUUUCUUACUGUC